AUGGACUCUUUACCCCAGGCCGCUUCGAGCAGUGUCACCGGUAUUACCCUCUACCCCGAAUUUCAGUCGGCAUCCUUUAGCUCACUCCCGGUCAUCGCCAACAAACUUCCCCUCCGCAACCUACACUGGAAGUCUCCCACCCGCCCCGUCCGAUCGAUCGAGUCCCUCCGCAUUGGGUUCACGCCAGCGAACACCGAAAACGAUAGGCCGAAGUCAUCGAGCUCUGCGCUUGGGGGUUCUGUAACGCAUCGCCGCCAUCAAAUCCCUGGUCUGCGCCAGACGCCGUACCUGAAGAUUUACAUCCUCCGAUGCGACGAUAACGACACGUACAAGAAUACAGCGAGGAAGGCACUGCGGGAGUGGAUUAAGAGCCAUGGGUCGUCUUCGACUUCGACGUCCAGCACCGCCGCCACGAGCCAGGAAAAGCACGAUGCGUUCGAGUGGCUUAUUCUACACGUUGUCCAGGAUGGAGACGGGACGGAGAAGGUAGCGACGUCGAAAUGGGGUCGCACGACUACGACUGUGCUGGAGAAAGUCAAGGCCGACUUCAACGGGACGUCAAAAUCCGCUGUUGAUCGGGUGGCGCAGCUGCGUCUUCCUAAGCCAGAGAGUACGCAGAAGUCUCCGGAGCUGGCUGAUCAGAUCGAGGACUUUGUGGAGAAGGUCAAGAAUGGGAUUUUGGCAUCGUUUGAUCUUCGCGUUGCACAGUAUGAAGAGGAUAUCAAGGAGAAGGACUCCCAGCGCAGCUUGCCCGGUUGGAAUUUUUGCACUUUUUUCAUCCUGAAGGAGGGCCUUGCUCGGGGUUUCGAGAAUGUCGGGCUUUUUGAGGAUGCGCUAGUUGGGUACGAUGAGCUGGCUGCUGGACUUGACGCGGCAAUUCAGGAACAACUCCAGGGCUCUGGUGAACAGCAUGGCGGUGCCCUCCUAACACACAGCAAGGACUGGCGGGAAAGGGCAAAGGCUGCCUUGAAAGCUGCCUGGGAUGCGCGAGCCAAUGCUAACGAUACUGACGCCAACGAUGAAGAGAUGGCUUCGAUACCUGAGAUUGAGCCGGCGGACUUCCCGAUUGACCCGAACAGGAAACCUUAUCGAGAGGAGAUUCUUUCCAGCAAUAUCUCCAUCUUUGAUUUUCGCACUUACAUCUUCUCUCGGCAGUUGUCCCUCCUCCUUAGGGCAUCAAGGGCGCCGUCAGUUGUUGGUGAGGACAUAGAUUCUAAUCAGAAGUCAGGGACAGGAAAGAAGAAGCCCGAAGACUUGAUGCUCUUGGCUGAAGCCUGCGAGCGAGCGACUGAGUUUAUCGGCCUUGCUGCAAGAACACUCCGGACUGAUCUGGAAGGCGGCCUUGAGGGGGUCGAACAUGCUGCAAAGCCAGAAAUCAUAAACAAUCUAGUUUCGUCUUGGGCAUAUGCCGCCGCGUCGCAAAUUCUGCGCCAGACAUUUACACCGGCGCUCACACUGCCCGAGUCGGCUUUACACGCCGUGGUUGCAUCCCAGGAGAAGCAGGAUCUCCCGCAACGCAAGAGUUCACUAGUUAUGCCCAACAACCGCCAGUCUCGUGCAGUGAAGACAGAAAUGGUACCGCCAACUUCUCUUUCAUCUGUCCAUGAGCAACCCGGAUACGAAGGCCCGAAACUCACACCCAAGACGGGUUCGGAGCAGCUAGCGUCGGAAAGGGGUGAGCUGCUUUUGAUGGCACGAAAACUUCUAGAAGAGAUUGCUGGGAGAUGUGGAUGGAAGGAGAGCUGGACUGACCUCGGCCUUCUUUUCGAUGAGAGACCUGAAUCUGGGGAUAUGGCCGAAGUGUCUUUGGAUGGCGAGAGCUCAGAGCCAGCGAAAGAGCCUCAGCAUUUGAACACAUUGAGUGGCAUCGACCUGACACAGUUAAAGGCGGCUCUAAGGUCUAGAAAGGCGUUCCGUACCCACUAUGAGGAGCUUACAGAUCAAAUGUACCGUCACCACAUCGCGGCCAACCGCACAAACUCGACGCACACGGCAUUGGCUGACAUGGCCGUCCUACGCUUCCGACAGAGCGACUACGGUGCGGCUGCUUCGUACUUCCACCAGAUUGCGCCAUUCUAUGGCAACAAGCACUGGACUAUUCUAGAAGGUGUUAUGCUAGAGAUGUACGCGAGGUGUCUGAAGGAGCUAGGUCGGAAUGAAGAGUAUGUCCGGAUGGUUUGCCGGCUUUUGGCGAAAUAUGCUGCAUAUACGCAGUCCCGAUUAUCGACCCGACAAAAGACCCUGGAUGCGUCUCAAAUCUUCGCGGAGGAAUCACUGCUCUCUGAGUAUGUGGAUGAACUCUUCCGGGCGGCUGGUGAGCUCCAGAAGGAGGUCACUGCUCCCUUGGCAGAUUUUUUUGGAGACCUAAAUGUCAAGCCUGGUAUUCUCCAUUACAAGAAUAAGGAUGGAUUUCAGCUACAGUUAUACCUACGGUUCCUGCUAGGGAAGCGCAUUGAUGUCGAUUCGAUCAAGAUUCGGCUCGUCAGCGCUAGUGCCAGUGCUCAAAGCAGUGAGCAUUGGAUAGAGGUGUCAGAUAAGACAACUAUCAAGUCGUCACCGACUAGGAUCUUGGUUGAUUCAGCGACAACUCUACAAGGGAAAUACUAUGUCGACCGCGUCGAGAUACGGACAGCAAAUCUUCUAUUUUCCAUGAGUGGUGGAGCGAAUGCAAGCCUACCACUGGGAUUUAGGGAGGAUGUUGACGAAGAAACAGACAACCGACCAUAUAUCCUGUGCUACCCACCUCCAGAAGGACUUCAAGCAAGGAUCGAGGCGCCUCAUCUCGUGAACCUGGAGGCUAUGCGCACGCUCGAAUUGGAGGUUAAUAGUGGAUGGAAUGAUAUCAAGAGCGGAGUUCUCCGAGUACGGCCCGCAACCGCGGGUCUUCGACUACGGGUCGCAGAGGCAGAAGUAGUGGAAGGCAACAUCGAGAUCAAAGCGAACAGUGAGUCUGGGAAUAUCGAGUUCAGCGAGUUAGGACGACACUCGGUUGUUCGUUUUCGGAUUCCAUACACGGUGGAGGAGCACCCCGCAACGCUCUCUGCAAGGGCUGAGGUCACCUACGAAACAGAACAAGGACUGUUCGCCUACUCGUCCGCACACAACUUUGUUUCCGCUCUGCCAAUCAGUGUCAAUGUGCAGGAUGUCUUCAAAAAAGAAAUCCUGUUCUCGCGGUUCACGAUCAGCCCGGCCACGAUGAUUCCGCUGUGGCUGUCAAAAUGCAGCAUUCCCAGUUCGGAUGUCUACCAGGUUCAGUCGAACGUCGGCGAGAGCGUGGCCAUGAGGGUAUUUCCCAAACAACCCGCCUCAUUGCUCUACAAGAUCCAACCGCGAAAAGACACCGCUGCUUCUCCUGGGUCGAGACGAUCUUUACGACUUACUGUCGAUUUCACCUGUGUGGACGACGAGUGCUUCGACAAGGUGGAGAAGACAUUCAAGGAGAGCAUUUCCAACAGUGAAUUCGCGCAGUAUACGACCCUGCUCACGCCACACAUUGUCGAUGCCUUCCGAACCCAGCUGUCAAACCCGGAGAUGGAGGUCAUCGGGCUUGUGCGCGAGGUCGAAGCCAUGCCGUACGCAGCAGUCCGUUGGGAAGGAUUGCUGAGCGCGCUGAAGGAGCCAAUGGACGGCCUACGGGCUUGGCUGAAGCAGUGGCAUGAUAAUCAUCUGAUCCUCACCCUGCCGCCGCAGCCGUCCAUCCGCCGGCGCCACAUAAUCAUCCCUGUUGACAUCCCCGAGAUCCAAGUAGUGCAUACCGCAGAACUGCGUCUGACAAACCUCCCCGCGCAAGCACCCCACGCUGCCGUAGGCCAAACCAUCACCGCCGAGCUGCAUCUCUCGCAUACCCGCCGCUGGUGUUCGCCCGAUCAGCGCGAGAACGCAGACGGCCCACUAGAGUUCUCGUACGAGCUGCACGCCAACCCAGAACACUGGAUGGUUGGUGGGCGGCGAAGGGGCAACUUCACUGCGAGCGAGGGCGAAACGAAAACCUUCGCAGUGAUGUUGCUGCCGCAGAAAGCGGGCCAUCUGUUGCUCCCGGGACUGGAGAUCAGGAGCUUUGUGCCGCCACCGCUGCAGUCGCCGUCGACCAGUGCACCCGCAGUGGCGGGUUCUGCCCCGGUGCAGCGAAGGCCGAUCGGCAGCGAGGUCGACUACCGCAAUCACGGCGAGACGGUGCUCGUAUUACCUGAUCUGCGGGGCACGACGGUGAGUCUGUCCGGGGGAGGACAUGGGUCAUGGCUGAUUGAUUCUGAGAGACGAGUUCAUCCAGCAUAG